CCUCCCUCUGGAGGGGCAUCCCAGAGUAUAAAAGAAGCAGGUCCUCUCCACUGCAGGUACAAGUGACCAAGAGUCCUGAGCUCUUCUGAGAACAAGCAACAGAAACACCUCAACGAAUGAGGCCAAGCUAAACGCUCUUCUCUCAGAGCAAACUCCAGAAGAUCUCUUCGAUUUUCUCUUUCUAUCUGUUGACCUAUCAUCCCCCCAGAACCCCUCGCCAUGCCUCCUCAAAUCCAAUCCCAGAAUCAGUGCGGGAUCAGAAUCCUGCAGGGAGACUUCAGCUCCCUCAGCCCAGCUGUCCGGGAGUUUGUGGAAGCCAAUGUGGCCCUGUGCCAACCCGAGUCCCUGCACAUCUGUGACGGCUCAGACGAGGAGAACCGGGCCAUCUUGAUCCAGCUGCAAGAGCAGGGGAUGAUCAAAAAACUCUCCAAAUAUGAGAACUGCUGGUUGGCCAGAACUGACCCAAGGGAUGUGGCCCGGGUGGAGAGUAAGACAGUGAUUGUCACCCAGAACCAGAGGGAUACGGUACCCUCACCUCUGGAUGGUGGAGUGAGCCAGUUGGGCCGCUGGAUGUCCCCGGAAGAAUUUGACAAAGCCAUGGGUUCCCGUUUUCCAGGCUGCAUGAAAGGCCGCACCAUGUAUGUGAUCCCCUACAGCAUGGGUCCAGUUGGUUCUCCCCUCUCCAAAAUCGGGGUGGAGCUGACCGACUCUCCCUACGUGGUGGCCAGUAUGAGGGUGAUGACUCGCAUGGGGAAGGCGGUUUUGUCCGCUCUCGGAAGUGGCGAGUUCGUCCGCUGUCUGCACUCUGUAGGAUGUCCUCUGCCUCUCAAGAAACCUCUAGUGAACAACUGGCCCUGCAACCCUGAGCAGACGCUCAUCGCUCACAUCCCAGACCGCAGACAAAUCAUCUCCUUCGGCAGCGGUUAUGGUGGAAACUCUCUGCUGGGAAAGAAGUGCUUCGCUCUGCGCAUCGCCUCACGCAUUGCGAAAGAGGAGGGCUGGCUGGCAGAACACAUGUUGAUCCUGGGCAUCACAAACCCUGCUGGAGAGAAGAAGUACAUGGCUGCAGCUUUCCCCAGCGCCUGCGGAAAGACCAACCUGGCCAUGCUGUGCCCCACAUUGCCUGGCUGGAAGGUAGAAUGUGUUGGAGAUGACAUCGCCUGGAUGAAGUUUGACAAAAAUGGGAAUUUACGAGCAAUCAACCCAGAAAAUGGCUUCUUUGGCGUUGCACCUGGCACCUCAGUCAAAACCAACCCCAACGCCAUGGCAACCAUCACCAAGAACACCAUCUUCACAAACGUGGCGGAGACCAGUGAUGGUGGCGUGUUCUGGGAAGGAAUGGACCAGACCCUGCCCGAGGGAGUCACCGUCACGUCCUGGAAGAACCAGACUUGGACCCCAAAAGAUGGAGAGCCCUGCGCUCAUCCAAACUCUCGGUUCUGCACACCUGCCGGGCAGUGUCCCAUCAUUGACCCACAGUGGGAAUCACCUGAGGGAGUCCCCAUCGAGGCCAUCAUCUUUGGAGGACGGAGACCAGAAGGAGUUCCUCUGGUGUAUGAAGCUUUCAGCUGGCAGCAUGGCGUGUUUGUAGGAGCAGCUAUGAGGUCAGAGGCCACAGCUGCAGCUGAGCAUAAAGGCAAAGUGAUCAUGAACGACCCCUUCGCCAUGCGCCCAUUCUUUGGCUACAACUUCGGACAGUAUCUCUCUCACUGGCUGAGUAUAGGCAACCGUCCCGGUGCCAAACUCCCCAAGAUCUUUCACGUCAACUGGUUCCGCAAGAGCCCCACCGCCGGCUUCCUCUGGCCCGGCUUUGGCGACAACAUCCGAGUUCUGGACUGGAUGUUCAGGCGGAUAAAGGGUGAAGCCGGUGCUAUGCCUUCCGCCGUAGGCUUCCUACCUUGUGCCGAGUCUCUGAACCUCCAGGGCCUGAAACAGAAGGUGGACUUGGAUGAGCUGUUCUCCCUUGAUAAGGAGUUCUGGCAGAAGGAGGUGGAGGAUGUGAAGAAGUAUUUCAACACUCAGGUGAAUGACGACCUGCCCAAUGAGAUGGCCCGGCAGCUGGAGCUCUUGCAACAGAGGGUGAAGCAGAUGUGAGACGACCUUAACUGUAUUGGGGAAAAAAAAAAAAAAGUCAUAGCUUUACCAAGAAUUAACCUAUUAAAGUGCUUCUCUCAAGAAUUGGAUUGUCAAAAAUUUCCACAAUAAUUAGGCAUUAAUCUAAGUCGCCUCAUGACUCAGAGAAAGACAGUUGUAGUAGGGAAUGUUUAAACCGUUGCAGUUAUAGCUGCAGCCUUUUUCAAUGUAUUACUCUGCUCAUCGUUUCAAUAGUAUUUAAAUUUAACUUAUUGCAAAUGCACGUGCAUAUGGCAUGGAGUAUCCGGGUGAACUCAGUUCCAUUUUGAACUGAAUUCUUUUUUUUGUUCCUGUCACUUUUUUGCUGUUUUAAUUUAUUUUUGUACUGUUUUAUUGUAUCUUUGUCUUGUUUUGUUGUAAUCUUGAACUCUCAAUUAGGGAGGCAAUAAAUGUUUUGAAGUUA